ACUUGCAUGGCUAAGCUGAGGUCCAAGAAUACCAACCAACCACGCAGCUUAUCUGGGCCGCUAAGCCGCAUUCGGCAAGAGACCAUGUCUAAAAUCACGCGCUUGGUUAAAUCUCACCCUUUCAAUACCCGCUUCUACGCGUCUACACUCGCUGCAAGUCACUUUCUCUUUUUUUUCUUUCGUACGUGUCACCAGGUCUUGGGUGCGUUUGUGUGUGGACAAGAGCGGCUUGUAAAAGAGCAUAGUAGUGUCUUAGGCCAUUUUGUCCGUGCGCGUUUGUGUGGUGUGAGACUGGGCAAAACAAGACAAUGUCGAACAAGAGAGAGGAAGAUGUGGAGAUGAACGAGUUGGACAAGGAGUACAGCGAAAGAGACGGGUUUCUUCAGGACACAGCAACAUCUCCGAGCAAAGAAGACAUUGCAGAUGGCGGUGGUCUUUUUGCGCAGCUUGAAAAUAGCUCUGGGGCUGCGGUGCUGGCAUACUGCUUUUCGUCCAUCAGCAUGACGGUCGUGAACAAGUACGUUGUUUCGGGGUCAUCUUGGAACCUGAAUUUCUUCUAUCUGGCUAUCCAGGCGGCCAUUUGCACUGCAGCAAUCCUAGUUCUGCAGCGCACAGGCACGAUUUCAAACCUUGCUGCGCUUGAAAGCGGAAAAGCCAAGAAAUGGCUCCCCGUAUCCAUCUUCUUUGUCGGCAUGAUCUACACGAGCACCAAGGCGCUUCAAUUCCUCUCCGUCCCCGUCUACACCAUCUUCAAGAACCUCACCAUUGUCGUCAUUGCCUAUGGCGAGGUGCUCUGGUUCGGCGGCAAAGUCACGCCGCUGCUCCUCCUCUCCUUUGGCCUCAUGGUCCUCAGCUCCAUUGUCGCAGCGUGGGCUGACAUCCAAGCUGCAAUGGGCGGCGGCAGCCAGACAUCGGAGAAAGCCGCUGCAAUUUCAACGCUGAACGCAGGAUAUGCGUGGAUGGGACUCAACAUUGUGUGCACUGCGUCCUAUGUCCUUGGCACAAGGAACUUUAUCACGUCGUUGAAGUUCAAAGACUGGGAUACAAUGUACUACAACAACCUCCUCUCCCUCCCCAUCAUGCUACUCUGCUCCCUCGUAACCGAAGACUGGUCCUCGACCAAUCUCGCCAAGAACUUCCCCAAGGAAACCCGCACCAACCUCUUCAUCGGCAUGAUCUACUCGGGGCUCGGCGCAAUCUUCAUUUCCUACUCGUCGGCGUGGUGCAUCCGCAAGACAUCCUCGACCACGUACUCGUUUGUCGGCUACCUGAACAAGCUGCCGCUGGCCAUUAGCGGCAUUGUGUUUUUCGGUGCGCCCGUUACGUUUGGUAGCAUCACGGCUAUUUUCCUGGGGUUUUUCAGUGGCCUCGUGUAUGGUUAUGGCAAGGUGAGGAUGAAGGAGGCGGCGACCAAGAAGGAGGGAGGCUUGUUGCCUGUGGCUCAGGGAAGCAAGUGAACAAUUUGUACUCAUACAUGUAAAUAUUACUCGGUAAUUUCAAGGCUAGACCAACGGAUAUCGUACAUACACUACAACACUAGAAUCCAACUUUUUUUGAUUCUUUCUUGUUACAACUAACUAGUCUUUGUACAUUGCAUGCAUUAUACCUCACAUCUCAUCUCAUCACAUACACACAUACGUAGGCAAAAAGCACAACCAACGUUCUUGAUGCCCGACGUACUCAGCUUCCCUUGCCGUUGCUUUCUUUGCACGUGUGUAUGUGUAAGAAGACUACGGCGGCGCAUGGUCCAACAACGACAGGCACGCAGACAUGGAUAGGAUAACUGACAUGUCUGUAGUAGUCACAUGCGACAUGACAUAUUCAUGCCCUGGAUGCAACCGCGUGCUUCCGCAUUGGGCCUGUGGCGCAAUGCGCAUGAGUCAGGUGGUAUGCUGUACACACAUCCACACAUCCACACACAUGCAGACGUGUUA